AUGGCUACCUGUCCAGAGGAUCAGUCAGACCCUCUGUGGAUUCCUGAAAGACUGACCAGGAGAGUUCCUGCCUCUGAAGAUGGCAAGGCACAUAAGCAGAGUGAUGCAUCUGAUGCUGACGAUCAUGUUGAUGAUCACUGGAGCAAAGUCCAGGGCCGAGCGCAAAACAAGUCAGUUGACUUGAAGAAAAAGAGAUGGCAAAACCUGUGCGCUUCCAAGUGGCCGACAUUUAAUGUUGGCUGGACCCAGGAUGGGACCUUUGACCUUGGUAUUAUCUUGCAGGUGAAGGAACGAGUCUUCGACACUGAACCCCACCGACAUCCUGACCAGGUGGCUUAUAUUGUCACCUGGGAAGAUAUGGCCUCUGACCCACCCCCUUGGCCCCCUAGCCAGGGCACUGAAGGUGGUGGCGACGACCAGCAAAGGGAUCCGGACAAACCAGACAGUACCACUCCUGCCCUGGACAACAGACAAGAAGAGACUGCUGCGGACUCCCCAGUAGCCGGCAGACUCUGUGGCCGAAGGGAGCCAGCCAUGGAAGUAUCCUCCCAAACCUUUCCCUUGCGCCAGACUGCUGGACAAGGAGGCCAAUUUCAAUACUGGCCUUUCUCGGCGUCCGACCUUUAUAAUUGGAAAUCUAACAACCCCUCCUUCUCCAAAGACCCUGUAGCUCUCUCUAACCUAAUUGAAUCCAACCUAAUCAACUCACUUGGAAUGAUUGCCAACAGCUUUUGCACCUCGGAAGAAAAACAACGUGUCUUCCUGGAAGCCUGGAAGAAUGUCUUGGGGGACAACAGGAGAUCCACUCAGUUGCCUAAUGAAAUUGAGGAAGUUUUUCCCCUAAAUCGUCCCGAUUGGGACUUUAACAUCGCUGCAGGUAGGGGACACCUACAUCUUUAUCGCCUGUUACUCAUAGCCGGCCUCCGCGGUGCGGGACACUGCUCCAAUAAUUUGGCUCAGGUAACCCAGGGACUGGAGGAAACUCUGACUGCAUUUUUGGAGAGGCUAAAGGAAGCCUACCAUAUGUAUACACCCUUUGAUCCUGAUAGUAAUGAGCAAAGGGGAAAUGUUUCUAUGGCUUUCAUUUGGCAGUCGGCUCCAGAUAUUAGGAUUAAGUUGCAGAGACUAGAUAAUUUACAAGAUUAUAGCCUGCAGGAUCUUGCAAAGGAAUCAGAAAAAAACUUUAAUAAGAGAGAGACACCUGAAGAGAAAAAAGAAGGACUCAGAAAAUUGUUCAAAAAUAGCCCCACUCUCUUUGAUGAGGCCCUUCACCAAGACCUGGCAGACUUCUGGAUCAGGCAUCCAUCUCUGAUCCUACUACAGUAUGUGGAUGACCUCCUCCUUGCGGCCACCACUAAGCAGGACUGUAAAGCAGGCUUCUGUAGACUCUGGAUUCUGGGGUUCGCAGAGAUAGCGCCCCCCCUUUACCUGCUAACCAAACAAGACACACCUUUUGACUGGACUGAGGAACAACAGCAGGCUUUUGAUGCUAUCAAGCGGGCCCUGCUGUCCUCACCAGCCCUGGGCUUGCCAGAUGUCACCAAGCCUUUUGAACUCUUUGUUGAUGAAAAACAGGGCUAUGCAAAAGGAGCCUUAACCCAAAAGUUAGGACCCUGGAGAUGGCCCAUUGCCUACUUUUCCAAGAAAUUAGACCCAGUUGCAUCAGGAUGA